UUAAGGAGCAUCCUACAAAUAUUAAAUCUAAAGAUGAGACUGCGGUGGUUACUAAGCGCUGCCCUGAUAAUAGCGGUAAUGGCGUUAAUGCAAGCGUUCCCUCUGCCCUUCGAUUCACAAAUCCCAAAGGAAAGACAUACUAGAUCGACGCUUAAUGAAGAGAGUAAACUACAAUCAGAGACUGAAAAUUUCGUCAAAGACUUAAAAAAUCUGGCUAUUAAUUUGGAGCAGUGGAUCGGAGAGUCUGAGACGGUGACCUGGCUAAAGGAAAAGAGCAUGGCCCUGCAGAGGAAGUCCAUAUAUGAUUUGUCAAACGACAUUAGCGAUCACUUCGGCAACAUCGAUUAUGUUGCCACUUGGUUUUCUGAGAAUUUUGCAGAAUAAUGUCGCCUCGUCUUUUCACCCGUCAUAUUAAAUGUCGUAAUUUAUUCGCCCACUUAAAUCUUUUAACAAUUACUUUAUAAUUGUUAAAUAAGAUUAUAGGCGAUUAUUUAACCCUAGCUUAAUUGUAAUUUGUCCUAGCGCAUUAUUCAAACUUUAAGUUUAAUUAAUCAUAAGGCGGAUUUAAAGUGCUUUCCUAGAGACGGACUAUACUGCUUGUCUAGAUAAAUGCCGAUAUUAUACUAGGAUUAAUAUUGGUUAAUAUACAGUAAUAACUUUUUUAUAUUGUAUAGAUAUUAAAGAUGACUGCAACUGCAGAAUAAACCCAGAUAGUCUGAAGCACAUCGCUUAAAAAUGUGCCAGAUAUUUGAUUAUGGUAAGUGCUAGUGUAUAGUUUGUUUUGCUUAAAUUCAAAAAGCUUUAAUUUUAAGGAUUUUUUUAGGGAUAAUGUUUAAUACUUGUAAUAUAAAUAAAUCGUCCUAGCCGUA